AUAUAUAUAUUAUAUAUAUAUAUAUCAUAUAAAUCGAAUAUAAAUAUUAAUGUAAGAAUAAAAGUACAUAUUAAUUCUAAUCCGUUGGAAAAAAUGUGAUCAAAACUGAUCACAAAAAAUUGUGAUCAAGAAAUUCAUCAAUUUUGUGAUCAUUUCUGAUCACAUUUUUUUGUGAUCAAAACCGAUCACAUAAUGGAAAAAAGGGGACCGGAGAAUUUAAAUUUUUCGAAAAACAUCGAAAUCGACAUGGUUCCUGAUGGUGGGAUUCGGUCAUGUGAGACGGCUUCAAUCGUGUCUCUCCAUCGUUCCUGUUGUGUCAAAGCAGCGGCAUGGUACCAGGCACUCGUAUGUACUGGUACGAUUGCAAGAGGCUUGCCCAAAGGUUUCUCUGAAGCUCGAGCACAAACCAGCAUCCGUUCGGUUUCCUCGCUUCCGAAACGAAAGAAGGACAUACCAACGAAGCAACGAAAAAUGUACGAGGACGGGAUCGACGGAGAUUCUCUUAGGGAAGUCGUGGCCACCGCCAUCAAACGAAUCGAUAUCGGUACCGCCGUGCUCCCCGAGCCCCUGUUUUGUUCGGACACGGACCAAGCGGACAGCGGUCCCGGGUCGGAAGGGUACGAGUUGCUGGGCGGCGAAACAAGCAGCGGCAGAAAUUCACACAGGGACAGCAACCGCGAGGGGAGGGCCCCCGACGAGUUGCACGCGACUUCGUCCUCGACGCUCUACGCGCGGACGCUCCGGUCGGAAUUCAACGCCCUGGUCGUCGAGCACCACCUCAAGUGGGCCCCGAUGUGCGUGUCCGAGCCGGGGCCGUUUGUUGACGGGAGUUUGUCAACCCGGCUUGGCCGGUACGAUUUCCACCACGCCGAUGCUAUUGUGGACUGGGGGAUCCGGUACAACAUGGUGGUCAAGGGGCACGUGCUUGUGUGGCACGUCACAUCGUGAGUAUUGCAAUGCAGUGCAAUCCUUGCAUCGUAUCGCAACUCAAUGCAGUGCAAUGCUUGCAACGUAAUGGAAUUCUUUUCGUUUUGGGCAGACAAACAAUGCAUGGCGAUCACCUGGUUUGCUUCUGGGAAAAGAAUGUGAUAAAAUGUACGCAGCUCAUCUCUCUUGUUUCUUUCCUUUUUCGCCUGCAUUCGUUCGAUCGAUCCCACACCCCACAGGCCACAGCUGUUGGAAGAUUUGGAACCGGAGGAAGUCCGAGAACAACUGCGGAGGCAUAUUUUUACUACCAUGGGACAUUUCAGAGGCCGCAUUCGGGUGUGGGACGUUGUCAACGAAGCGUUGGCCCCAGACGGUACGUAACGUCAAGUUGCACUCUAAUCCUGUAUGGAAUCGGCUACAAGAAGUCCAAUACGAUGCGUACAAACGAUACGUACAAACGAUGCGGAAUUGAUACUUUCAAUUGAAAAUACAGUGACCUCAUUUCUAUAGCUUGCUUGACAUUUUUAGGGAGUUUGGCAGAAAACGUCUUUUUUCGAAAGCUCGGUCCGGGAUACAUAGAGGAAUGCUUUCGAUGGGCCCAUGAGGCGGACCCAGACGCUGUGUUGCUUUACAACGACAACAAGGUAGAGGGGAUGAACGGCCCGAACAAGCAAAAGGCCGAUGGUUUCUACCGCCUGCUGGCCGGCCUGGUGAAAAAGGGCGUCCCCGUGCACGGCUGCGGAAUCCAGGCGCACUUCAAUGCCGCUGGAACCGGCCGCAACCGUGUGCCUACGCCGCGCAUGGUGAAGAACCAGAUCCACCGACUCGGAAAACUCGGCCUGAAAGUAAACAUAUCUGAGAUGGACGUCCGGGUCAGCAAGCUGGCCCCGGAGUUGCGCCAGAUCGCCCAGAGACAGAUCUAUCACGAUAUCAUAGCGGCCGCGCUGACGGAGCCCGCCUUUGACGGACUGUGGCUGUGGGGCUUCACCGACCGACACACGUGGGUAACGCAGUUUUAUUCCGAGGACGAGCCCCUCGUGUUCGACGAAAGCUACGGUCGGAAGGAAGCCUAUUAUGGCCUCCGGGAUGCACUCUCUUCGAUCGCAAGGGGUGGAACGGUCGGGGCACACGUCGCGCUCGACUCAGACGAAGACGAGGACGGAAACCGAUGGGGUCAUGCCUGGAUGCCGCCACUUCUCGAGGAGGAAACGCGGUCGUCCUUUCUCGACCAAUACGGUGACGACAUUACCGGUGACCAGCGGCCAGACUGGGAGGUGUAAGCCAGAUUCCUAUGCUUCUGGUGAUAAACGCAGAUUUUUGAGAUUCAUCGAUUGCAUCGAUUGUUCUCGCUGCCACGCGCCGACUUUUUGUUUGUAUCCGUACUAGUAAAAUUAGUACACAAGU